AUGCUCGACCAUUGUUCAAUAUUGCAUAAGGGGGGGAUCGUCCUCUGGUCGCGGUCAUUCACGCCCGCGGCCGAGCAACUUGCACACUCUACAGCAUCGCCGGUCAACGCGUUAAUCCGUGAUGCUUUCUUGGAAGGUCGAGCGUCUGAGCAGAAAUACGAGAAGGAUGGCUACGCUGUGCGAUGGACCUUUAUGAAUGAUCUCGAGCUCAUCUUCGUCGUUGCCUACCAGCGCAUACUGCAGCUUACAUAUGUCGAGGAUCUUCUGGUCUCUCUCAAGACGCUAUUCGUCAAGCUCUUCCAGCCGUUUUUGACAUCAUUUGUCGCUUCCCUUCACGCUGCUUCCACAACUGUGACUUCGGUGACAACUCUGAAUCUUGCCACGGCCUUCGAAGGCUGGGAUGCAGUCUUCGAUAAACUGCUCAAGGGUCUGGAAGACAAGGCCUCUGCUGAGCGUCGCACGCGCACGCGACAGACCUUGGCUGUGCCGGUCGAAACCCCGAGCCCUCUGUCUUCGGAUGUCGAGACGACACCAACUGUAGAAACCGAGGCCAUCACCGAUGAACAGAAGAUAGCGAGGCGUGCACAGGCCCUCAAAGACAAGCUACGUGGUCGUGGAGGACGAAGGAGGGGAGUGGGGAGGACGGACUCGGGGGCGGGUAGUGGGCGCGAUAGUGGGACUUCAGAUGUCGAGUCCCCGCGCAAGACCAAGGGGAAGGCUCUGCGCAAGUGGGGCAACGAGCCGGUCACAGAGUCCGAUAUGGCCGAGCUUGACUUCUCAUCGGACAAGCCGUCCGACUUGCCGGUCAACGUCGAUGUGCAGGCACUCAUCGACGCGGCUUCGUUGGGCACCCGGAGAGACGGGAUGUACGAAGUGAAAGACUGGGAGCCAUCUAACGCCAACGGUGUGGAGACGGGCAAGGAGGAUAAAGCACAGGGCCUGCUUGGCAAUGUGUUUGCUCGCCUGACGGGCGGGAAGACCGUCGAUCCCGCCGAACUUGCGCCUGUUCUGGAGGCGAUGAAGCAACAUCUCAUGAAGAAGAAUGUUGCUAAGGACGUCUCGGAGAAGGUGUGCGAGAGUGUCGGCGAGGCAUUGGUGGGGAAGAAGUUGAGCGGUUUCCAGACGACGAAUGCUGCUGUCAGACAGGCGCUUGCGGCUAGCAUCACCCGCAUUCUCACGCCACGAACAUCUACGGAUGUUCUUCUUGCCAUCCGCGCCAAGCGCGAUGCUCUCGCCAGCAGCAGUACCGCCCGGCGCGACCCAUACGUAAUCACGUUCGUCGGCGUGAACGGUGUUGGAAAGAGCACGAACUUGAGCAAAGUCUGCUUCUGGCUCGUUCAGAACGGGCUGAGGGUACUCAUUGCCGCCUGCGAUACCUUUCGUAGCGGUGCGGUCGAGCAGCUGCGAGUCCACGUACGGAAUUUGAGUAUGCUGGCCGAGAGCGCUGCGGACGGGAAGGGCGGCGUUGAACUUUAUGAGCGCGGAUAUGGCAAAGACGCCGCGGGCAUCGCGAAAGAAGCCAUCACUUAUGGACGCGAUAAUGACUUUGAUGUCGUGCUCGUCGAUACUGCAGGGCGGAUGCAGGACAACGAGCCAUUGAUGCGCGCACUUGCGAAGCUCGUCGCGGUGAACAACCCGGACAAGAUCCUCUUUGUCGGCGAAGCGCUUGUGGGCAACGAAGCAGUCGAUCAACUCGGCAAGUUCGAUCGGGCGCUCCGCGACUUCUCGUCGGCGUCGGGCACAAAGGGCCGUGGGAUCGACGGGAUGCUGGUGACAAAGUGGGAUACUGUCGACGAUAAGGUUGGAGCGGCGCUGUCGAUGUGCUAUGUCACUGGACAGCCUGUUGUAUUUGUUGGUACAGGCCAGACCUAUACCGACCUUCGUCAGCUUCGCGUGCAGAAUGUUGUACAAGCCCUGUUGAGCGAUUAG